AUGGACCACAGCCAUGGCACGGGCGGCACCACAGGUGGCUUCAAGCCCGUCAAUAUGGGCCUUGCCCAGUCCUUCUGGUACAUAAUCGUUAGCUUCGUUGGAAUGGUGGUCCUGAUACGCGUCGCAAACUACGUCGACCGCCGGAGGAGAUUGACAGCAUGUGCAAGAGGGUCCCGUGAGUUCCCGACGAGGCCAACGGGCCGGAUAUCCCAAGUCUGGGCCACAGCGACAGCCAUUGCGCGCGAGAUCAGCUAUCCGCAGCUGUACGUGCCCACACGCUUCUUGUCGUGGAUGACGCCGCCGCCGCUUGGGCGCGUGCUGCUUCUGCUGGCCUACUGGGCCGUCAUCAUCUACAUGAUGGCGGCCGACGCCAUCAUCGAGGACGUUUACUUCUGGGAGCGCAUCGGCUUCCGCAACGCCUGGGUCACCAUGAUGCAGGUGCCGCUACUAUACCUUCUCGCAUCCAAGGCCAACGUACUGGCGUUCCUUCUCGGGUCCAGCCACGAGCGCCUCAACUGGAUGCACCGCUGGGUCGCCCGCACCAUGCUGGUCACGGGUGCUGUCCACGGCUGGCACUUUUAUCACCAGUGGGAUCUGGCCAACUUUGUCGAGUUCCAGCUCGAGAUGAUGCCCAUGGUCAAGUACGGCCUCGGCGCCUGGGCUGUCCUGGCCUGGGCCUUACUCACCUCGUUUGCGCCCCUGCGCCACGCUUGGUACGAACUCUUUGUGGCCCAGCACAUCGUCGCCGCCGUCGUUUUCCUCUGGUUGCUGUACGUGCACGUCCCGGCAACCGCCCGCUGGUACCUCUGGCUCGCUGUGGCGUCGCUGUGCCUCGACCGCUUCUGCCGUCUGGUGCUGCUCGUGUGGCAGAACGUCAAGAUCCGCCGUCCGAACCCGUCGCGCUGCAAGGGCGGCCAGCGCGUGGGCCACCAGGCGCAGCUGAGGGCCGUCGGCGACGCCAUUACCGUCGUUACUAUCAAGGACGUUCACUUUCGGUGGCGCGCCGGCCAGCACCUGUAUCUGUGGAUCCCCCGCAUCGGUCCGCUCGAGGCGCACCCCUACACCGUCGCGUGCGCUCACCAGCUGCCCGACACGUGCAUCUGCAACAGCAUCCAGUUGGUGGUACGCCGGCACGCCGGCUUCUCGCGCAGGCUGCACGCCCACGCGGUCCGCGCGCGGGAGCAAGGGAGAGGCAAGGACACGGUCACUGCCUUUGUGUCGGGCCCGUACGGCGUACCGCCGCGAUGGGACGUGUACGAGACGCUGGUGCUGAUCUCGGCGUCGACGGGCGCGUCCUUCACGCUGCCCAUCCUGGAGAGCGUCAUCAUGCACCGGCUGCGGCGGCAGGAGGGGCCGGGGGCCGCGUUAUGUACGAAGCGGAUCGACGUGCUCCUCGCGGCGAAGCGCGGCGACGAGAUCGACUACUACGUGCAGCUGCUGCACGACUUCAUCAACAGGGCGCGCGAGGUCGGUAUAGAGCUCAAGGUGGUGAUCGCCAUGACACGGGACCGCGCGGCCCUGAUGGACGACCCGCUGGAGGACUCGCCGCGAAUGCGGAGUGACAGUGCCGCCUCGGCCACGGCGGCUGCGGCUGGUCCUAGUGAUAUUCUAGUGCGGAGACAAAGAGGGCAGGGAGGACAGAUUUCGGAAAAGAUGGAGGCAGCAGGCAGCGAGGGCAAGAAUGGGGAUCUGCUGUCACGGGCAGUCGACGUGGAAAAGGCCGCCGGCGUUGGCGGCGACGGGCCAAUGCCGGCAUCAUCCCGCUGCUGCAAGGACCAAGGCAGCAAUGAGCUGGAACGGCGCGGGAGCGCAGACUCGCACGUGCAGCACAUGACGUCCCGGCCCGACGUGGCCGCCUUCAUCCGCGAGCCGGUCGAGGCCGCGGGCGGGGAGACGUCGGUCGUGGUCUGCGGCGGCAAGUCCCUGGUGGCGACGGUGCGCAACGCCGUCGCGGCCCUCUCGGACGAGCGGGCGGUGCACAAGGGCACAGGCGCGCAGGGCAUACACCUGCAUGUGGAGGAGUACAGCUUUUGA